AUGGCUCAAACAAUGCUGCUCACUGCCAAUGUUUCUGGAGCUGCACUUGAUUUGAAGAGAGAGCCAUUGCUUCAAAGAUUAAAACCCAAACCAUUCUCUCUCCUCUUACUUCCCCCUCUUCCCACUUCUUUUGGGUCAACUUCAUCUUCAGCAACCAGAACUGUGGCUCUCUUCAAAUCAAAACCCAAAGCCACUCCCAAGAAGCAGGCUGUUUCUAAGCCAAAGGUUGAAGACGGUAUAUUUGGCACCUCUGGAGGCAUUGGUUUUACCAAGGAGAAUGAGCUCUUUGUGGGUCGUGUGGCCAUGCUUGGCUUUGCU